AGUCGGUCUACGGAAAAUUUCUGUGAAAAGUGCGGAAAAGCAACACGAACGCAUUUGGCCCGAUUGUUGCUAUUAGCGGCACGAAAACAAUUUGCAUUGUAGCCAGGAGCAACAACAAAGGACACCUGCAGCCGGAAACAACAACAAUAGAAGAUAGAUAGCGAUUGCAGCUGCUGUGGAGGUUAUUUAUAGCAACCAAACAGCCUGCUGCCACCACCCACACGUUAAGAGGGAGUGAGAAGUGGGUGUAGGCGCCUCUGCCUCCUGUAACUGGCCGCGCGCAAGCAGCCGCAAAGUCCAAGGAUACGUGUGAUAUUAUAUCCAGCUCCCAGUCAAAGUCAAGUUAUUCGAGAAUCACUUGCGGAAAUGGAGUCGACGGCAGCUGUGGCAAAUAUCGUGAGUCCCCCCACGGCAGUGGGCACCGCUGCAACGACGACGGCGGCCGCCACCAAGCGGAGCAAUCAGCAAGGACGCAAGAAAUCUGGCCCCAAAUUCGAGCUAUCCGAUGCCCAAAAGUCGGACAUUAAGGAGGCCUUCGAUCUGUUCGACAACGAAUGCACUGGCUACAUCGAAGUCAAAGAACUGAAGGUGGCCAUCAGGGCCCUGGGCUUUGAGCCGAAAAAAGAGGAAAUCAAGCGAAUGAUUGCGGAAAUCGAUAAGGAUGGGAGUGGCAGGAUUGCUUUCAAUGAUUUCUUGCAUCUAAUGACCAUGAAAAUGGCCGAAAAGGAUACAAAAGAGGAAAUACUGAAGGCCUUUCGCCUGUUCGAUGACGAUGAAACAGGAAAAAUAUCGUUCAAGAACCUGAAACGUGUGGCCCGCGAGCUGGGGGAGACCCUCACCGACGAGGAACUGCGCGAGAUGAUUGAUGAGGCGGAUCUGGACAACGAUGGGGAGGUCAAUCAGGAGGAGUUUCUACGGAUUAUGAAAAAGACCAGUCUGUAUUAGAGAGAGAGGGAUCCAUCGUUUAAUUUAAGAUUACUUUUCGUUUAGUAAAUGUUAAGUUUCUGUGGCUAAGCUUUUGAUGUAUCAAUCCAUUCAUUGCCUCUUGUCUGUCUCUGUCUCUGUCUAUGUCUCUCUCUUUGUCGCUCUCCCCUGGAGGUUGCUUUAAAUGUAAGUUCAAGCUCUGUUCCUUUUUAGUGUCCUACUGACACACGCCUGUACGUUUAUGAAUGUAAUGACAAUGUACAACCCCACACAUUCAAUUAGCAGCUAAGAAUAAAAUUAUGAAAAACCUCCGCGCACUGGCUGUAUUUUCGCACGAAAACAAACACAGAAUAAUCUCAAGAACGUUAGAAUAAAACCAAAACCACCAAAAACAA